CAACCCUAGCUCCCGAAGAGGCAGAACACAAAAUCAACGGACCACCGGAACAGGAAGCAACAGCAGCGGGGCGCCGGUGCCGUACCCUUCACUCAUUCCGCCCCUGAAAGUGAAACGUACCCAGAUCUACAAGCUACUCCACUCGACUUCCAUAAAUACCACUCCUGCGAUUCCACCUUGCAGUUGGACCGGCCGUUGUUGCUUUGCUUCUUCGCAAAAAAAAAACAAAAAAACAAAAUAGGCCUGUCUUGCUCCGAUCAGGCGUGUUCUUAGGCUUCGCUGCCCCUACCGCGUCUUCGCCGGGAUCGGUCCAUGGCCGGCGCCGAGCGCGCGGAGGCGGUCGCGCUGGAACAAGGGCUCCUCGAUCCGGAGGAAUCCAACCAAGUAGUAUACACUGGAGAUGGAUCAGUCGACUUUUCUGGAAAUCCUGUUGUCAAGGAAAGAACGGGUAGAUGGAAGGCAUGUCCAUUCAUAUUAGGUAAUGAAUGCUGUGAACGACUGGCCUACUAUGGCAUCUCCACAAACCUUGUUACUUACUUGACAAAAAAACUGCAUGCUGGCAAUGCCUCUGCUGCUAGCAGUGUGACUACAUGGUCGGGAACUUGCUACCUAACUCCACUUAUUGGAGCAAUCCUGGCUGAUGCAUACUGGGGGAGGUACUGGACAAUCGCAACAUUUUCCACAGUAUACUUCAUCGGGAUGACACUGCUGACUCUUUCAGCAUCAGUUCCUAUGCUCAUGCCUCCAUCUUGUGAAGGAUCCUUUUGCCCAGCAGCAAGCCCUUUUCAGUAUACUGUCUUUUUUCUUGGUCUUUAUCUGAUUGCCCUGGGUACUGGUGGAAUUAAGCCGUGUGUCUCAUCCUUUGGAGCGGAUCAAUUUGAUGAUACAGAUCCAGCUGAGCGAAUCCAGAAGGGCUCUUUCUUCAAUUGGUUUUAUUUUUCAAUAAACAUUGGUGCUCUCAUAUCAAGCAGCUUUCUGGUUUGGGUGCAAGACAAUGUAGGAUGGGGACUGGGGUUUGGCAUUCCGACUGUAUUCAUGGGGCUGGCAAUCAUAAGCUUCUUCUCUGGUACAUCACUUUAUAGGUUCCAAAAACCAGGAGGUAGUCCAAUUACACGAGUAUGUCAGGUGAUUGUUGCCUCUUUGCGCAAGUGGAAUGUGCCUGUCCCAGAGGAUAGCUCUCUCUUGUAUGAGCUACCUAAUGGGGUAUCAACAAUUGAGGGGAGUCGGCAAAUAGAGCACACAGAUGAACUCAGAUGUUUAGAUAAGGCUGCUACAGUUACCGAAGUUGAUGUGAAAACGGCUGACUUCAACAACCCAUGGCGGAUAUGCACUGUCACCCAGGUGGAAGAACUGAAGAUACUAGUAAGGAUGUUCCCUGUCUGGGCAACAACAAUAGUGUUUUCUGCUGUAUAUGCUCAGAUGUCAACAAUGUUUGUGGAACAAGGGAUGGUGCUUGACCCAUCCUUGGGCUCUUUCAAGAUCCCUCCAGCUUCACUAUCUACUUUCGACACCCUAAGUGUCAUCAUAUGUGUCCCGAUGUAUGAUUACAUCGUGGUUCCGAUAGCCAGGAGAUUCACUGGCAACGAGAGGGGCUUUACAGAGUUGCAGAGGAUGGGUAUUGGCCUGGUAAUUUCCAUCAUGGCUAUGUCAGUCGCCGCAGUCCUCGAAAUCAAGCGGCUAGCAGUUGCCAGGGAAGCACACCUGGUGGAUCAGAAUGUCCCGGUCCCACUGAGCAUAUUCUGGCAAAUCCCUCAGUAUUUCCUGAUUGGUCUAGCGGAGAUUUUCACAUUCAUUGGGGCGCUCGAGUUCUUCUAUGACCAGUCACCAGACGCCAUGAGGAGCCUCUGCAGCGCGCUUAAUCUUCUCACUACUGCGUUUGGGAACUAUCUCAGCACGUUCAUUUUGACAAUGGUUGCGUACUUUACUACGAGGGGAGGUAACCCUGGGUGGAUUCCUGACAACUUGAACGAAGGCCAUCUUGAUUACUUCUUCUUGCUCAUCGCUGGCAUCAGUUUUCUGAACCUGAUUGUUUAUGUCCUCUGUGCUGGCAAAUACAAGAGCAAGAAGGCAGCUUGAGUUGUGAAGGCCAGGGGCUGGAUGGCGUGCUGCGCGCCAUGUUAUGGUGGACACUUCAGUUCAAAAUCUGUAUAUAUGUUUCCCGCAUUAACCACCCUAGCUGAAGCAACCAUCUGCAAUUGUUGCAAAGUUUAUAUUCUUCAUUGUGCUGGACUAAGUUGAUUAUACAUUCGUGCUUCUACUUUGUGUAUGUAUAUAUCUGACCUAAAGUUGCUGAAC